UACAGAACAGACGGGCUGUGUCUAACUGACCGGAGGUACCACAGCUCACAGGAAGCCCCGGGCUGGUGUUCACCCUCACACAAGGAGGAUAUGUGUUAGUGUGACUUCACACGGGAGCUACUGUACAGGACACAUCCGAGGCUUCACGUGUUAAGGAGACCAGAACUCUGGUCACAAUAAAGCGGACGACAUCGUACACAGCCGUUCAGCUACAAGAACCGUUGUUCGCUUACGGGCACAGUGACGAUCCGGUCUGCCUGUGUGAUGGCUUCAUGCGGCCAGCGCAUGUAACAAAAGCCCGGCCGUAUACCGUAGUGGAGUGCGCGCUUCUAAGAAGGGGAGAUCGCGUGUGUUGUAGGGUUAAGUGUUGAUCAAUGCAGCUACAGGAGCUUGUAAAGACAAAGACGGUGCCCACGAUCAGGGAACUGAGUGCUUAAGGCCUGGAGAACAGCCUGGGUAACAGGCGGAAGUACUCAGCCAGGCUGUCUUACUCCAUAAUCGGACAUGUGGACAUCCAAGGAGCCCUCAGUUGCCGGGUUGGUCCAGAUCCUAGGCUUGACCAUCCUCAGUGGUUUGUGUGUCUUAGCUAGAGUGACGCUCGACGUAUCCCCGAAUCUCUCUAUCAACGUUAGGAAGGAACCCAUUGUCCUCGACUGUGCAUUCACGGUAGCUACGCCCACGGAAGAGGUCACUCAGCUGACAUGGUUGCGGAAAAAGUCAUAUGAUCGGAAGUUCAAAAUUAUUGUCCAGGUACCCAUCCCCCUCACGAAAGGGAAGAGGGUGGUGCAUCGAGACUCACACCUGAAGAGAAGGGCUAACAUUACGGUGGCCCAGGCCAACUAUGGCCGCACUAUGGUGAGGAUGGAGGUAAAAGCCGAAUGUCAGGACGAGGCUGUGUACCGAUGUGAAGUCACUGUCAAAGGCGGUAAAGCUCCGCCUCCUUUAGACGUCAACGUGAACAUCUUGGAGGACCCGACGCCACUCUCGCUAACACAAGGCGGAGCUGUAUCGGAAUAUCACCAGGCUGAGUUUAAAUGCUCAGCCUCAAUCGGCAAGCCGAAAGGUGAGAUCAGCUGGGUAAUGACACGAAAGGUGGGGAACCAGUAUGAGAACAUCACGAUGGGUGGAAUGGUCUCCCAGAGAAUGGACGCGAGGUUUUGCUCUCCCCUAGCGGAGAACACCCUGAUCAUCGAGGUGACGGGAAAUGACAUCACUAUACGAUGUGUGAUCACGCGAGGGCAGCAGGUGGUGUACAUGGAAAAACCGGUGGAUGUGCUAUAUCACACACGAAAUACCGAAAUACAUAGUACAGUCAAUGGGAACAAAAUGGCCUACUGGGUUCAUGACAUAUCGGCUUUCGAGGGAGACCAAAUAGUGUUAAAUUGUUCCAGUAGAGGCCGUCCGGCACCCAAGUACACCUGGCGGUACACAUCUACAGAGGGAGACAACUCUGUAGUCGAACUGCCUUCAUCCAGUGACUCAGCUGUGCUUCUAAGCAACGCCACUAGCAACCUAACCGGAACGUAUCAGUGUGUUUCAGCAAACGUUGUCAGCGGAGUAAAUGGUAAUGAUGAUGCCGAAAUUCGACUUAUUAUUAAAGCAAAACCACGUGACCCAACUGAUGGACCGGCGCCGGAAAAACCAACAAGUAAGAUGGACGAAGUAAUGGCGGCUAUCGGCACAGCGGCCAUCAUGGUGGGGCUGGUGGUGACGACCAUAUGUGGGCGGUGUUGUGGAGGUUGAGAUCCAGUCAUUCUCAUUGACCUGUUGAUUUGUAUCGAGAUCCGUCCAGAACAACCAACGUUAUCAAAAAGGGAUUUCCUGCAAAAAUGAAAUAGUCACCUUUCCGUAUUCAAGACGGGAUGAAAAGACUCCAUAUGGAAUAUAUUAAUGUGCAAUGUCCACUUAACAUUGACAACCUGGAAUAACAUACUAUCGCUUUAUUUCUGGUGUCAAAAAUAGUCCUUACCUGUGAUUGCGUAAUUCUUUUAGUCGGUGGGACGAAAUGGACAAUAAACCAAAGUGAAUUGAAGAGUCGACCAAAACCAGGAUUCGGAAAUCAGAAGUCCGAAUGUGCAGAGUAACGUUUUUCCUGCAAACAUUCCAUGGAGUAGAAAUUCAAACGUAUGCUUUACUUAUGUUGUGCUUCUUUGGUCCAAACUUGCAAAACUCUGCCAGUUUUACCCUAUCUUGUGCUUCCUAUAUUUUAUCAUGUGAUGUGCUAGUCUUCCUCGGGAUUAACCAGUGUCGGGUUUUUUCCGUGUGAUUUGUGUACCGUAUAUUUAAUGGACUCCACCUAUAGUUAUACUGGACCUGACCACUGGCCUUGCAUUUGUGGAGCUUUCGACAUUUUAACCUCAGGACUUGUUAUGUGUGUUCUUUGAGACUUGUUCACAUUGUGCAUGAAGUGUAGUUUUACGAUUGAUAUUCGAGGUGAUGAAAAACACCGAGGAAAAUAAGUGAUAAUCGGCAUAAUUCACUCCCUAUAUGAGGGAUAUAGGAUUUGUCAGUGUUACAGCAGCACAGUGACUAGUGACUUCAUCCAACUUCAGUUUGUGUAUCACAAUUCUUGUCCUCAAAUCACCAACAGGUUGUUACGGUACAAGAGAAAAGUGUCCUAUAUAGUUUAUGCAAUACUUGCUGGCCAAGUAUUAUGUAAUUCAACACGGAGUGAAUGAGUGAGUGCUUGGGAUUUAAUCAAAGUGGAGUGAUUUACAUUCCAUUUGUCAUAUAUUACGAUCCGGCAUCACACACUUUCGCUUGAUGUCGCGUGAGUAGAACUCCUGAAUCUUAUGACUGUAGAAUUAACACACAUGGCGAUUCGGCUGAAACGUUCACGUUGCAACCAAAACUUAACAUAGUAUGUGUGUGAUGCUAUCCGCGAGAGAUGUGGUCUGUCCGGGAAUGCAUGAGCUACCUGUGAUUGCCAGUGCUCAUGUACUCAGUGCUCUCUGUUGCCACCUUGCCAGAGUACUGUGCUUUAAUCAGUACUUUGGCUGUUUCGGUGCUAUCGGAUUUACAUAUAAGCAUAUACCGACAGUUAAAGUUUGCCUAUUAUCAAUGUUUCAUCAUGAUCGACCGUUUUACAUGUACUUUAAAUUCACGGCUGUGGAUAGUGGUUGUGUUGUUGUUUCCAGAAUGGUGUGUUUGUGUAGAAUGGAUAUCUCAUUCUCUUUGGGCCCGCUCAUUGUGACCGUCUGCCAGGGCGUGGAGUAGAUAACCUUGUAUGGAAGCAACCCCGCUUUUUGGGUCCAGUGACCCGUGACUAGGGCGACUCUGUCAACACCCUAACCUGGACAUCAGAUCGAAAUUGACCGACUUUCCAGGAAUGGCACGGCGUCUCUGUUUUUAACGGAAUGACACUUUUUGUGCUCUGCAAAAUUGAGACAUAGCCAAAUGUUGGUGCACAGUGAUUGAAAUCUGAUCUUAGAGCUCAUCAGUAUGGGUGUGUGGAAGAUGUUGGGUCGGGGCGUCCGGUAUGAGCAUCCUCGGUUGACGUUCGAGACAAAAUACAUGAACACGUGCAGUCCGUC